AGGAGCAGCGUCAGGGCCCGGGAGACAAUGGUCUCCGUGACUAUGGCCACGUCCGAGUGGAUCCAGUUCUUUAAGGAAGCUGGCAUUCCUCCGGGGCCUGCUGUCAACUACGCCGUGAUGUUUGUGGAUAAUAGGAUCCAGAAGAGCAUGCUGCUGGAUCUUAACAAGGAAAUCAUGAAUGAGCUGGGCGUGACCGUGGUGGGUGACAUCAUCGCCAUCCUCAAGCAUGCCAAGGUGGUGCACCGGCAGGACGUGUGCAAAGCUGCCACUGAGUCGGUGCCCUGCAGCCCCAGCCCCCUCCCAGUGGAGAUCCGCCGUGGCCCCUCCAGCGCUGCCUCGCGAAUGAUCGCCAACAGCCUGAACCGCGACUCCCCACCCAGCACUCCCCCCAGGCGGCCAGACACCAGUACCUCCAAGAUCUCCGUCACUGUGUCCAACAAGAUGGCGGCCAAGAGUGCCAAGGCUACAGCAGCCUUGGCCCGCCGGGAAGAGGAGAGCCUGACUGUUCCCACCAAGCGGCGCCGGGUCACUGCGGAGAUGGAGGGAAAAUACAUCAUCAACAUGCCCAAAGGCACCACCCCCCGGACCCGCAAGAUCCUGGAGCAGCAGCAGGCAGCGAAAGGUCUCCACAGGACAUCUGUGUUUGACCGCCUUGGCGCCGAGACCAAGGCAGACACAACAACAGGGAGUAAGCCCACAGGAGUCUUCAGCCGCCUGGGGGCCACCCCAGAGAUGGACGAGGAUCUGGCUUGGGACAGUGACAAUGACAGCAGCAGCUCUGUCCUCCAGUAUGCCGGGGUCCUGAAGAAGCUGGGUCGCACUCCAGCCCAGGCCAGUCCCCCGCCAGCACUGACUGUCAAAGCCAAGGCCACCAGCUCGGCAACUACAACUGUCACCCCGACGCUGCGGCGCCUGGCACUUCCCCCACGUCCCGGGCUUGAGAAGAAGCCAGAGUCCCUGUCCAAAGUCAGCAUCAUCCAGAGACUGGGCAAGACCGCCCUUGUGCCCGAGGCCCAGGACAGCCAGGUCACGAGCACCAAGAGUAAGUCCUCGGCCGAGGUCAAGGUCACCAUUAAGAGAACUCUGGUGGGGCCCCGGGGGAGCAGCUCCAGCGAGGGCCUUGGUGCCCAGAUGGACCACGCAGGCACCGUGAGCGUGUUCAAAAGACUGGGCCGCAGGACCUAG